GUUAUUUGCCCUGGCGGAGUGAUCUUUGUUUGCUAAAGUCCUGACAGCGGUAACGACAGCUAAAUUAACAGACUGUAAAUUCAUGAUUGCAUUUUUAAAGAAGAACCCCGUUUUCUGCUCACUUUGACCUCUUCACUAUUAAAAAUAAGAACCAAGACAAAGCAGACAUUCAUGGCAAUGGAGAGGAAAAGUCUGCCCGUGAGACGUGUUCUCAACAAGCCAGCGAUAUUCCGCAGUGACCCUCGUCUGGAUGCCACUGCCAGCCUCUCCAGGGGUGGACGCUCCCUCCAGCCCAAAGCACAGCCCAGCAGGCACAAACAUCUGUAUGACGUAAACCAUCGGGUCAAGAUCAAGCCUGAUUUGAACACAACGCUACCCGUCCGACAAACCGCUUCCAUCUUUAAACAGCCGGUGACCAAAGUGACAAACCACCCCAACAACAAGGUGAAGACAGACCCUCAGAAGGCUGUGGAUCAACCCAAACAGUUGUUCUGGGAAAGGAAGCUGAGCGGCUUGAAUGCUUUCGAUGUAGCAGAGGAGCCGGUGAAAUCUAUGGAUCUUCCCAAAGGCCUCCAGGGUAAGAGCAGCACACUCUUUGUGCGUCCUUUAACGCGGCCGUCCACUAACCCACAGCGCCGUGUUUUCCUAGGUGUUGGACCCGUUUGCUCAGACAGAACGUUGCUCUCUGCCAUCGCCAGCUCCCUGCACACCAGCCCCGUGCCCAUCACCGGGCAGCUGACCGCUGCUGUGGAGAAAAACCCCGGCGUGUGGCUGAACACGGCGCAGCCCCUCUGCAAAGCCUUUGUAGUGACCGAUGACGACAUCAGGAAACAGGAAGACUUGGUGCAGAGUGUGAGGAGACGGCUGGAGGAGGCCCUGAUGGCUGAUUCUCUGGCUAAUGUGGAGUACGCUGCUCCUGAUGCAUCGGUGGACAAAGUGGAGGAGAAGACUGACCAGGUGGACAAGGAGAACUUAUAGUCCAGUUUCUGCAGAGCGGCAGGAGUUAAUUAGAAAUUCACCUGAGUUGGAGGCUGGACCCUUGGCUCAGAGCAACCCCAGACCCUCUUCCCGUCACCCAUAACUCAGGGUUCCCUGUUGACACUCUCUCCCACAAGGUUACAGCCACUCACACCUCCAACCUAACAUUACUGGGACAACAAAAAUGGCGAGCAAUAUCGGAGCUAUCCAACCGUACGGUUUUGAGCCAGAUGCCAAUAAAACCAAAAUCUAAAUGAAUCUAGCCAUCUACAAGUUUUAAAAACUGUUUUUAACUGUUUUUAUUUGGUCUUGGGAUGAUUGUUUUAGACGGUAUAUGCUUUUUGUCUUUAAUGUUUUUAUAUAUAUAUAUAUAUAUAAAAAACCUGUGAACACUUUGUGACUUCUGCCUGUGGAAGGUGCUAUAGAAAUAAAAUAUACUUACCGGUACUUACUUACAAGUUGAUGCAUCAGAUGGAUCAGUGCAGGAAGCUUGUGGGUGCUCAGUGUUCUAUAUACGUCAUGAAUACAGCUUUUGUUUUGUGUCCACUCCUGAUUCACAGCGAUUUGAAUAAAGAACUACACAGAAAUGAAAUUUUGAGCUUACAGAAUUUUCUUUCUAUGUGUCCUCAGUCAUCAGAAAAAUGCCACAAGGACAUGUUAAAAAAAGAAAAAUUUUCAUCAUAGUAGAGUGGGCCUUUAACUCUACUUUAUUCCUGUAGUCUAACUUAACCGUAUGUCUGUUUCUU